GGUGAGAGCCACAGGACUCAUUCUGUCCUCCAGCACACCCACACACACUCUGAGAGCCAGAGAGAGAGAGAGAAAGAGAGAGGGGCAUAGCAAGGAGAGAGAGAGAGAGAGAGAGAGGUGUUGCUAAUAGAGAAAGAUAGCACGGAAAGAGAGAGAGAGAGAGAUUUUUGUGCAAAGGACUAAAACAGAAAGAGAGUUAGAGAACAGGAGGAUUUUCUGGCUUCUCUCUCAGAGCUGCAGAUAGAACCGGGAGAAGAGAAAACAGAAAGAUGGCAGAAGGAGGAGAAGGAGAGGAGGAGAUUCAGUUCCUCCGCACGGAUGACCAGGUGGUGCUGCAGUGCACUGCUUCUGUCCUGAAGGAGCAGAUCAAACUGUGUCUGGCCUGUGAGGGCUUCGGGAAUCGACUAUGUUACCUGGAGACCACGUCCAACGCUCAGAACUGUCCACCAGAUCUGGCCAUUUGUGCCUUCGUCCUGGAACAGUCCCUGUCAGUACGCGCGCUGCAAGAGAUGCUGGCUAACACCGUGGACAUGAGUGAGUCAUCCCAAGGAGGAGGCCACCGCACCCUGCUGUACGGCCAUGCGAUCCUGCUCAGGCACUACCACUCUAGCAUGUAUCUGAGCUGCCUGACGACGUCUCGGUCGCUAACAGACAAGCUGUCCUUCGAUGUGGGCCUGCAAGAAGACUGCGUAGGUGAGGCGUGUUGGUGGACGAUUCACCCAGCGUCAAAACAGAGGUCAGAGGGAGAGAAGGUCAGGGUAGGAGAUGACCUUAUCUUGGUCAGCGUCUCCUCAGAGAGAUACCUUCAUCUGUCCUAUGCCAGUGGUGAUCUGAUGGUGGAUGCGUCCUUCAUGCAGACUCUAUGGAACAUGAACCCUGUGUGUUCCGGCUGUGAGCUGGCUGAGGGCUUCCUGGCCGGUGGUCAAGUCCUCAGACUGUUCCACGGUCACAUGGAUGAGUGUCUGGCCAUCUCCAUGCCUGACGACGGGGACGACAAACGCAGCACCGCCCACUAUGAAGGAGGAGCUGUGUGUAGCCAGGCCCGUUCAUUAUGGAGACUGGAGCCUCUGAGAAUCAGCUGGAGCGGCAGCCACAUGAAGUGUGGCCAGUCGUUCCGUGUGCGCCACAUCACCACGGGCCGCUACCUCUGUCUGGACGAGGAGAAGGGCCUAAUGGUCCUCGACCCUGAGAGGGCCAACACCAAACUGUCUGCCUUCAGCUUCCGCGUGUCAAAGGAGAAGGUGGAACAGGCCCGUAAGCGAGACGUGGAGGGAAUGGGUAUCCCAGAGAUCAAGUAUGGAGAGUCCAUGUGUUUUGUCCAACACGUGUCCACCAGCCUGUGGCUUACCUACGCAUCCCUGGAUGCUAAGGCUGCUCGUUUGGGGACCAUGAAGAGGAAGGCCAUUCUGCACCAGGAGGGGCACAUGGACGAUGCCCUGUCCGUGGCCCGGUCCCAGACAGAGGAGUCUCAGGCUGCUAGAAUGAUCUUCAACACCACGGGACUCUUCAGGCAGUUUAUCAAGGGUCUGGACUCCCUGCAGGGGAAGAAUAAGUCCCCUGUCCCCGUGUCUCUACCCCUGGACGGGGUCGUCCUCUCCCUGCAGGACCUUAUCUUCUACUUCCGUCCCCCUGAAGACGAGCUGGAACACGAGGAGAAACAGACAAAGCUACGCUCCCUUCGAAACCGACAGAACCUCUUCCAAGAGGAGGGUAUGAUCACCAUCGUGCUAGAGUGUAUCGACCGUCUGAAUGUUUACAACACUGCUGCUCACUUCUCUGAGUUCGCUGGAGAGGAGGCCGCUGAGUCCUGGAAGGAGAUUGUCAACUUGCUCUAUGAGCUGCUGGCCUCUCUGAUCAGGGGGAACCGCUCUAACUGCGCGCUGUUCUGUGAUAACCUGGACUGGCUGGUCAGCAAACUGGACCGGCUGGAGGCCUCUUCAGGUAUCUUGGAGGUGUUGCACUGUGUUCUGAUUGAGAGUCCAGAGGUUCUGAACAUCAUUCAGGAGAACCACAUCAAAUCCAUCAUCUCUUUGCUGGACAAACAUGGCAGAAACCACAAGGUGUUGGACGUCCUCCGGUCUCUUUGUGUGUGUAACGGUGUCGCUGUAAGGUCCAAUCAGAACCUCAUCACAGAGAAUCUAUUUCCAGGUCGCGAUCUCCUAUUGCAGACCAACAUCGUCAACUACGUAACCAGUGUGAGGCCCAACAUCUUCCUGGGAACCUGCGAAGGCUCCACUCAGUAUAAGAAGUGGUACUUUGAGAUGAUGGUAGACUACGUUGAGCCUUUCGUGACAGCCACACCCUCUCACCUGCGUGUGGGCUGGGCCCUGACAGAGGGGUAUUCCCCCUAUCCUGGGGGCGGAGAGGGCUGGGGUGGCAACGGGGUGGGGGAUGACCUCUACUCAUACGGCUUCGAUGGACUGCACCUGUGGUCAGGUCACGUCCCCCGCCAGGUAGCGUCGCCCAAUCAGCAUGCCCUAGCAGCUGAUGAUGUUGUGUCGUGCUGUCUGGAUCUGAGCGUGCCCAGUAUCUCGUUCCGGGUCAACGGCCACCCGGUCCAGGGCAUGUUCGAGAACUUCAACAUAGAUGGACUGUUCUUCCCCGUCAUCAGCUUCUCUGCUGGAGUGAAAGCUCGUUUACUGUUGGGCGGUCGCCAUGGAGACUUUAAGUUCCUACCCCCCCCGGGCUAUGCCCCGUGCUACGAGGCUCUGCUACCCAAGGACAGAAUGAGGAUCGAACCCAUCAAGGAGUACAAACACGACUUUGACGGAGUCCGAAACUUGCUGGGGCCAACCCAGUCCCUCACACACACCUCCUUUACCCCCAAUCCCGUAGACACUGCUCAGAUCGUGUUGCCGCCCCACCUGGAGAAGAUCAGGGAGAAGCUGGCAGAGAAUAUCCACGCGCUGUGGGCCAUCACGCGCAUCGAGCAGGGCUGGACUUAUGGAAUAUUCAGAGACGACAACAAGAAGCUGCAUCCCUGUCUGGUAGACUUCCAGACCCUUCCUGAACCUGAGAGGAAUUACAAUCUGCAAAUGUCUGGGGAAACACUUAAGACUCUGCUGGCCCUGGGCUGCCAUGUGGGCAUGGGGGAUGAGAAGGCAGAGGAGAACCUGAAGAUCAUUAAAAUGCCAAAGACCUAUAUAAUGAGCAAUGGAUUUAAGCCCGCCCCCCUGGACCUGAGCCACGUCAAACUGACGCCCAAUCAAAACCAGCUGGUGGAGAAGCUGGCAGAGAACGGUCACAAUGUGUGGGCACGUGACCGCGUGCGCCAGGGAUGGACGUACAGCAUUGUGCAGGAUAUCAUGAACAAGCGUAACCCACGUCUGGUUCCUUAUAACCUGCUGGAUGAGAGAACCAAGAAGACCAACCGAGACAGCGUCAACAACGCCGUACGCACUCUCAUUGGCUACGGAUACAACAUCGAGCCUCCAGACCAGGAGAGCACUGGCCUUGGCCUGGAUGACGUGCGUGGGGAUAAGGUGCGCAUCUUCCGUGCUGAGAAGUCAUACGCGGUCACGUCUGGGAAGUGGUACUUUGAAUUUGAGGCGGUGACGACCGAAGAGAUGAGAGUGGGUUGGGCCCGACCCAACGUCAGGGCUGACAAUGAGCUGGGAGCAGACGAGCUGGCCUGGGUCUUCAACGGAAAAACGGCCCAGCGCUGGCACGUGGGUAAUGACCCGUUUGGUCGCCAGUGGCAGUCAGGUGAUGUGGUGGGGUGUAUGAUCGACCUGACCGAACAAAACAUUAUGUUCACCCUGAACGGAGAGAUGCUCAUCAGCGACUCUGGCUCAGACAUGGCUUUCAAGGACAUAGAGAUAGGAGAAGGCUUCAUCCCAGUGUGUACCCUGGGCCUGUCUCAGGUGGGCAGGAUCAACCUGGGUCAGAACGUCAGCAGUCUGCGCUACUUCGCCAUCUGUGGUCUCCAGGAGGGAUUCGAACCAUUUGCCAUCAACAUGAAGAGAGACAUUACCAUGUGGUUCAGCAAGAGCCUGCCACAGUUCGCCCCUGUGCCAACUAACCACCAACACAUUGAGGUGUCCCGCGUGGACGGGACAGUGGACAGCGCUCCCUGCCUGAAGUUGACCCACAAGACGUUCGGCUCCCAGAAUGCCAACACUGACAUGCUGUUCCUCCGCCUGAGCAUGCCCGUGGAGUUUGACGAGGUCUUCAAGAUAACAGCCGGGACCACGCCGCUGACCCGCACGUUGACCAUCCACGAGGACGAGGUUCUGGAGGUGGAGCCGGACUCGGAGUUUGAGGUUCUGAAGAAGUCGGCCAGUAAGAAGGAGCAGGAAGAGAAGGAAAAGGAACCGUCUGUCGCCAAGGAGACGCCCGAGAUAGAGAAGGACGCGAUGUCAGAGAAGGGCAAGAAGAGAGGGUUGUUUGCUAGGGCUAAGAAGGCAGCUACGAUCAACCCUCCUCCAACCCCUCCGUUGGUGCCACGGUUACAGCAGGACGUGGUCCCAGAUGACAGAGAUGACGUGGAGAUUAUCCAGAACACCACCACGUACUACUACUCAGUGAGAAUCUUUGCUGGCCAGGAGCCCACUGGGGUGUGGAUCGGCUGGGUUACCCCCGACUACCACAUGUACGACCCCACCUUUGAUCUCUCCAAGGUGCGGAACGUGACCUUAACCGUGGGAGACGACAAGGGCAACAUCCACGACAGUAUGAAGCAUAGUAACUGCUACAUGGUGUGGGGAGGAGACUUCGGCAACAGCUCCCAGCAGGCCAGGUUCAGCCAGGAGGACACUGUGGUUGGCUGCCUGGUCGACCUGGCAACAGGCCUCAUGACAUUCACAGCCAAUGGGAAGGAGAUAAACACCUUCUACCAGGUGGAGCCCAACACAAAGCUGUUUCCUGCUGUGUUCGUCCAGCCCUCCAGUCAGAACAUGGUACAGCUGGAGCUGGGGAAACUCAAGAACAUCAUGCCCAUCUCAGCAGCCAUGUUCCGGAGUGAGCGUAAGAACCCAGUGCCCCAGUGCCCGCCCAGGCUGGACAUCCAGAUGUUGACCCCUGUCAUCUGGUCCCGCAUGCCCAACCACUUCCUGAACCCAGAGGUCGGCAGGGUCAGCGAGAGGCUGGGCUGGAUGGUGGAGUGUACCGAACCACUCACCAUGAUGGCCCUGCAUAUACCUGAGGAGAACAGGUGUAUAGACAUCCUGGAGUUGUCUGAGCGCCUGGAUCUACUGAAGUUCCACUUCCACACUCUGAUGCUGUACUGUGCUGUCUGCGCUCUGGGCAACAACCGUGUAGCACACGCCCUCUGUUCACACGUUGACGAAUCACAGCUCUUCUACGCCAUGGAGAACACCUACCUGCCCGGCCCCCUUCGCAGCGGGUUCUACGACCUACUGAUCUCCAUCCACCUGGAGUCAGCCAAGCGGGCACGGCUGGGCACCAACCGUGAGUUCAUUGUGCCCAUGUCCGCCGAGACGCUGAGCAUCACCCUGUACCCUGAUGCUGAGAAGGCUUCUGACCUUCCGGGUGUGGGGUUAACUACCUGUCUUAGACCCAAGCUGCACUUCUCAACCAUUAACUUUGUUGGGACGGAUCCCGACCUGUACACUCUCAGUCCCAUCUUCCCUCUUCAGGAACUGAAGACCAAAGCCAUCAGCAUGUUGACAGAGGCGGUGCUAGAUGGUAGCCAGGCUAUGAGGGACCCAGUAGGGGGCAGCGUAGAGUUCCACUUCGUCCCCAUCCUGAAGCUCAUCAGCACUCUCCUCAUCAUGGGCAUCUUCAACGAUGAAGACGUUAAACACAUCCUCAAGAUGAUUGACCCAAAUGUGUUCGCUGGGAAGAAAGAAGAAGUGGAAGAGGGAGACAAGGCAGAGGAUGCUACCGCCAAGGAAGAGGGUGAAGAAGUGAAGGAGAAAGAAGAAGAGGAGGAGGAAGAGGAGGCAGAUGAUGAAGGAGUAGGGGAGGAGGAAGAAGAGGAUGAGGAACUGAAACACCUAGAGAAAGAAGAGGGGGAGGAGGAGGAGGAGGAGGAGGAAGGGGAGAAGGAACACGAGGAGGAGGAGAAGGAGAAAGAGGAAGAGGUGGAGGAAAAAGAGAUGACAGAAGAGGAGGAGGCAGCGGCGAUUGAAUUGGAGCUAGAGAAGGAAGAGGCGGCUUUGGAGGAGGGACUACUGCAGAUGAAGCUGCCAGAAUCUGUUAAACUGCAGAUGUGUACACUGCUGCAGUACUUCUGUGACUGUGAACUGAGGCACAGGGUGGAGGCUAUCGUGGCGUACUCAGAUCAGUUUGUCAACGCCAUUCAGACCAAUCAGAGGGUUCGCUAUAACCUGCUGAUGCAGGCCUUCACCAUGAGCGCUGCCGAGACCGCACGCAAGACACGAGAGUUCCGCUCACCACCUCAGGAUCAGGUGAUCCUGUUGACCAACUUCAAGCAUGGUCCGGAGGAGGAGGAGUGUCCCGUACCGGAGGAGACCAGAGACACACUGACCGAAUUCCACACUGACAUCCUUAUGCAUUGUGGCGUGCACAUCGAGGCGGAAGAGGAGGAGGAGGAGGUCGACACCUCUCUGAGAGGACGCCUUGGCCGGCUGAUGGGAAAGGUGAAUAACUUGAGGAAGAAAAAGGAGGUGGUGGAGGAGCCAGAAGAGGAGGAGGAGGUCAAACCCAGCACUCUCCAGGAGCUGAUCUCCCAUACCAUGAUCCACUGGGCCCAAGAGGCCUUCAUUCAGAACCCUGAGCUGGUGCGUCUGAUGUUCAGCCUGCUCCACAGGCAGUAUGAUGGGCUGGGAGAGCUGACCAGAGCCCUGCCUAAAGCCUACGCCAUCAACGCUGUAUCUGUCCAAGAUACAAUGGACUUGUUGGAGUGUUUGGGACAGAUCAGAUCUCUGCUCAUCGUUCAGAUGGGCCCCGAGGAAGAGAGGCUCAUGAUCCAGAGCAUCGGGAACAUCAUGAACAACAAGGUGUUCUACCAGCACCCUAACCUGAUGAGAGCUCUGGGGAUGCACGAGACUGUCAUGGAGGUGAUGGUUAACGUGCUGGGAGGAGGAGGAGGAGAUUCCAAGGAGAUCCGCUUCCCUCAGAUGGUGACCAACUGCUGCCGGUUCCUGUGUUACUUCUGUCGUAUCAGCCGUCAGAACCAGAGGUCCAUGUUUGAUCACCUCAGCUACCUGCUGCAGAACAGCGGCAUCGGCCUAGGUAUGCGUGGCUCCACCCCUCUGGAUGUGGCUGCAGCGUCCUGUAUCGACAACAACGAGCUGGCCUUAGCCCUACAGGAGCAGGACCUGGAGAAGGUGGUGACUUAUCUGGCGGGCUGUGGACUACAGAGCUGUCCCAUGCUUCUAUCUAAGGGUUACCCUGACAUCGGCUGGAAUCCCUGUGGAGGAGAGAAAUACCUGGACUUCCUCCGCUUUGCCGUAUUUGUCAACGGAGAGAGUGUGGAGGAGAACGCCAACGUGGUGGUGCGUCUACUGAUUCGUCGGCCGGAGUGUUUUGGCCCCGCCCUGAGAGGAGAGGGGGGUGCCGGUCUGCUGGCGGCAAUAGAGGAGGCCAUCAAGAUCUCAGAGGACCCAGCCAGGGACGGACCGACUGUCAAGAAGGACCGGCGGUUCCCCAUGUUUGGUGGUGAGGAGCAGCAGGAGGAGAACCGCGUCCAUCUUGGAAACGCCAUCAUGUCCUUCUACUCUGCCCUCAUCGACCUGCUGGGACGUUGUGCACCUGAGAUGCACUUGAUCCAGGCAGGUAAAGGUGAGGCUCUGAGGAUCCGGGCCAUCCUGAGAUCUCUGGUUCCUAUAGAAGACCUGGUGGGAGUCAUCAGUCUGUCUGUCCAGAUACCUGACUACGGGAAAGAUGGUCACACCAUAGAGCCUAAGAUGUCUGCGAGCUUCGUCCCGGACCACAAGGCAUCCAUGGUGCUGUUCCUGGACCGUGUGUAUGGUAUCGACAACCAGGACUUCCUGCUUCAUGUUCUGGAGGUGGGCUUCCUGCCAGACAUGAGGGCUGCCGCAUCCCUGGACACGCUGGCAUUCAGCACCACAGAGAUGGCUCUGGCUCUGAAUCGUUACCUGUGUUCAGCUGUGCUGCCCCUCAUCACCAAGUGCGCCCCUCUGUUCGCUGGCACCGACCACCGCGCCAUCAUGAUUGACUCCAUGUUGCACACCAUCUACAGGCUGUCCCGCGGGCGAGCCCUCACCAAGGCUCAGAGAGACGUUAUCGAGGAGUGCCUCAUGUCCCUUGUCAAGUACCUUCGACCUUCCAUGCUGCAACAUCUGCUGAGGAAGCUGGUGUUUGAUGUGCCAAUCCUCAACGAGUUUGCUAAGAUGCCUCUGAAGCUCCUGACCAAUCACUAUGAGCGUUGUUGGAAGUACUACUGCCUCCCUAACGGUUGGGCUAACUUCGGGGUGUCGUCAGAGGAGGAGCUGCAUCUCUCACGGAAACUCUUCUGGGGUAUCUUCGAGUCUCUGGCCCACAAGAAAUUUGAUGCUGAGCUGUUUAAGAUUGCCAUGCCGUGUAUCUGUGCCAUCGCUGGUGCCAUCCCUCCGGACUAUGUGGACGCCAGCUACUCUUCCAACACAGAGAAGAAGGCUUCUGUGGACGCUGAGGGAAACUUUGACCCCAAACCCGUGGAGACCACCAACACCAUUAUCCCAGAGAAGCUGGAUGCCUUCAUCAAUAAGUAUGCCGAACACACUCACGACAAGUGGGCCUUCGAGAAGAUCCAGAACAACUGGUCGUACGGAGAGGUGCUGGAUGAAAACGCCAAGACCCACCCCAUGCUGCGUCCGUACAAAACCUUCUCUGAGAAGGACAAGGAGAUCUACCGUUGGCCCAUCAAGGAGUCCGUUAAGGCCAUGCUGGCCUGGGAGUGGACGAUGGAGAAGGCCCAAGCAGGGGAGGGAGAGAAGGUGGAGCUGAAGACCACCACACGGAAGAUCUCCCAGACUGCUCAGGCGACCUACGACCCCAGCCACGGUUACAGCCCUUCGCCUGUGGACAUCACUGCCAUGGCGCUGUCCAGAGAGCUGCAGUCCAUGGCUGAACAGCUGGCUGAAAACUACCACAACACCUGGGGUAGGAAGAAGAAGAUGGAGCUGAUGGGAAAAGGUGGUGGUGCCCAUCCCCUGUUGGUACCCUAUGACACCUUGACGGCUAAGGAGAAGGCCAGAGACAGAGAGAAAGCCCAGGACCUUCUCAAGUUCCUGCAGCUCAAUGGAUAUGCUGUCACUAGGGGGCUGAAGGACAUGGAGCAGGACAUCUCCUCCAUAGAGAAGAGGUUUGCCUAUGGUUUCCUCCAGAAGCUGCUGAAGUGGAUGGAUAUUGCCCAGGAGUUCAUCGCCCAUCUGGAGGCUGUGGUUAGCAGUGGCAGAGUUGAGAAGUCUCCACACGAACAGGAGAUCAAGUUCUUUGCCAAAAUUCUCCUGCCGCUGGUUAACCAGUACUUUAAGAACCACUGCCUUUACUUCCUCUCCACGCCUGCCAAGUUGCUGGGCAGCGGAGGCCACUCCUCCAACAAGGAGAAGGAAAUGAUCGCCAGUAUCUUCUGUAAGUUGGCAGCUCUGGUGAGACACAGAGUAUCUCUCUUUGGAACGGAUGCUGGUGCGGUGGUGAACUGUCUGCACAUCCUGUCACGAUCACUGGACGCCAGGACGGUAAUGAAGUCAGGUCCUGAGAUUGUGAAGGCAGGACUGCGUCAGUUCUUUGAGAGCGCUGCAGAUGACAUAGAGAAGAUGGUGGAGAACCUGAAGCUGGGCAAGGUUUCUAGCAGGAACCAGGUGAAGGGUGUGUCCCAGAACAUCAACUACACCACCAUCGCCCUGCUGCCUGUCCUGACCACCCUGUUCGACCACAUCGCCCAGCACCAGUUUGGGGACGACGUCAUCUUGGAUGACCUUCAGAUCUCCUGCUACAGGAUCAUGUGUUCCAUCUACUCGCUGGGCACCGUCAAGACGCCUCACGCUGAGAAGCAGAGGCCGGCUCUGGGAGAGUGUUUGGCAAAUCUUGCCGCUGCCAUGCCUGUAGCCUACCUGGAGCCCGGCCUCAACGAGUACAAUGCCUACUCUGUCUACACCACGAAGACACCCAGAGAGAGAGGCAUCCUGGGCCUGCCCAACCAAGUAGAGGAGCUGUGUACUGACAUCCCAGAGCUAGAUGUCCUGAUGAAGGAGAUCGGAGACCUGGCAGAGUCAGGGGCUCGCUACACUGAGAUGCCCCACGUUAUCGAGAUCACUCUGCCCAUGCUGUGUAACUACCUUCCCCGUUGGUGGGAAAGAGGUCUGGAGAACUACCCCGACCUGGAGGGUCAGCUCUGUACCGACGUCACCUCAGAACAACUCAACCAGUUGCUGGGAAGCAUCAUGAAGAUAGUAGUCAAUAACCUGGGGAUAGACGAAGCCUCCUGGAUGAAACGACUGGCAGUGUUUGCCCAGCCCAUCGUUAGCAGGGCCAAGCCUGAGAUGUUGAAGUCUCAUUUCAUCCCGACCAUGGAGAAACUGAAGAAACGUAGUGGGAAGGUAGUGGCUGAAGAGGAGCAGCUGAGACUGGAGGGGAAGUCUGAGGUGGACAGUGAGGAAGGAACCAUUAGGGAUGAGUUUGCUGUUCUCUGCAGAGACCUCUACGCUCUAUACCCUCUAUUGAUCAGAUAUGUGGAUAACAACAGGGCUCGAUGGUUGACCUGUCCAGACCCAGAUGCUGAGGAACUCUUCAGGAUGGUUGGAGAGGUGUUUAUCUUCUGGUCCAAGUCUCAUAACUUCAAGCGUGAGGAGCAGAACUUUGUGGUGAUGAACGAGAUCAACAACAUGUCCUUCUUGACUGCAGACAGCAAGAGUAAGAUGAGCAAGGCCGGAGGGGAAGAGGCUGGAGGUUCUGACGUGGAGCGUACCAAGAAGAAGCGAAGGGGGGACCGCUAUUCGGUGCAGACAUCUCUGAUCGUAGCAGCGCUGAAGAAAAUGCUUCCUAUUGGCCUCAACAUGUGUUCCCCUGCUGACCAGGAACUGAUUAACCUGGCCAAGAUACGCUACAGCCUGAAAGACACAGAUGAGGAGGUGAGAGAGUUUCUACAGAACAACAUGCAUCUGCAGGGCAAGGUGGAGGACCCGUCAAUGCGCUGGCAGAUGGCGCUGUAUAAGGAGACGUCAGGGAAGGCUGAGGACGCUGAGGACCCUGAGAAGGUGGUCAAGAGAGUCCAGGAGGUCUCCGCUGUCCUCUACCACAUAGAGGUGACGGAGCACCCGUACAAGUCUAAGAAGAUGGUUUGGCACAAGCUGCUUUCUAAACAACGACGCAAAGCUGUUGUGGCCUGCUUCAGGAUGUCACCCCUCUACAACAUCCCCAGGCACCGGGGGUCCAACAUGUUCCUGAAUGGGUACAAAAGGAACUGGCUGCAGACUGAAGGAUACCAGUUUGAAGACCGCAUGAUCGACGACUUGUCUAAAGCCAUGGAGGAGGAGGAGCUGGGAGAGGAGGGAGAGGAGGAGGCAGAAACUAAACCCGACCCUCUGCAUCAGCUCAUCCUACACUUCAGCCGGACUGCUCUCACAGAGAAGAGCAAACUGGAAGUAGACUACUUAUACAUGGCUUAUGCUGAUAUUAUGGCCAAGAGUUGCCACAUCGGUGAGGAAGAGGAGGGGGAAGAGGAGGAGGCCUUUGAAGUGACCCAGACUGAGAUGGAGAAGGAGAUGGAGAAGCAGAGGCUCCUGUAUCAGCAGUCCCGUCUCCACAACAGAGGAGCUGCAGAGAUGGUGCUGCAGAUGAUCAGUGCCUGCAGAGGUGAGACUGGGGCCAUGGUAUCCUCCACCCUCAAGCUGGGCAUCUCUAUCCUCAACACAGGCAACUGUGACGUACAACAGAGGAUGCUGGACUACCUGAAGGACAAAAAGGAUGUGGGCUUCUUCCUGAGUAUUCAGGCUCUGAUGCAGACCUGCAGCGUUCUAGACCUGAAUGCCUUUGAGAGACAGAACAAGGCUGAGGGGCUUGGUAUGGUGUCAGAGGAGGGAACAAAUAUGAAGCUAGAACGUGAUGAGAAGGUGAUGGCAGAUGAUGAGUUUACCUGCGACCUGUUCCGCUUCCUGCAGCUGCUCUGUGAGGGACACAACAACGAUUUCCAGAACUAUCUGCGUACCCAGACUGGCAGCACCACCACCAUCAACAUCAUUAUCUGCACUGUGGACUACCUGCUCCGCCUGCAGGAGUCUAUCAGUGAUUUCUACUGGUAUUACUCUGGGAAGGACAUCAUAGACGAACCAGGAAAGAGGAACUUCUCCAAGGCCAUGACUGUGGCUAAACAGGUGUUCAACAGUCUGACUGAGUAUAUCCAGGGUCCGUGUACGGGGAACCAGCAGUCUUUGGCCCACAGCAGGUUGUGGGACGCUGUGGUCGGCUUCCUGCACGUCUUUGCUCACAUGAUGAUGAAGCUGGCUCAGGACUCCAGUCAGAUUGGUCUACUGAAGGAACUCCUGGACUUGCAGAAAGACAUGGUGGUGAUGCUGUUAUCUCUACUGGAAGGCAACGUGGUGAACGGCACCAUCGCCCGUCAGAUGGUGGACAUGCUUGUGGAAUCCUCCAGUAACGUGGAGAUGAUCCUCAAGUUCUUCGACAUGUUCCUCAAGCUGAAGGACAUCACCGGGUCCGACGCCUUCCGAGACUACGUGACCGACCCCCGCGGCCUCAUCUCCAAGAAGGACUUCUACAAGGCCAUGGACAGCCAGAAGCAAUACUCUCCGUCUGAGAUCCAGUUCCUUCUGUCUUGUUCCGAGGCCGACGAGAACGAGAUGAUCAACUUUGAGGAGUUUGCCGACCGCUUCCAGGAGCCGGCCAAGGACAUCGGCUUCAACAUCGCCGUACUGCUCACCAACCUGUCUGAGCACGUACCCCACGAUACGCGACUACAGAACUUUCUUGAGCAAGCCGAGAGCGUCCUCAACUACUUUAGACCCUUCCUUGGCCGGAUAGAGAUCAUGGGAGCCAGCAGGAAGAUCGAGAGGAUCUAUUUUGAGAUCAGCGAGGCCAACAGGAACCAGUGGGAGAUGCCGCAGGUCAGAGAAUCCAAGAGACAGUUCAUCUUCGACGUGGUCAACGAGGGCGGGGAGAGCGAGAAAAUGGAGUUGUUUGUCAACUUCUGCGAGGACACCAUCUUUGAGAUGAACAUCGCCUCACAGAUUUCUGAGGAGGAGGAAGAGGAGGUGGUAGACUCAGAGGAUGAAGAGGAAGAAGGAGGAGGAGGAGGAGGAGGAGGAGGAGAGUUGGACGAAAAUGGAGAAGAGAUGCCUCCCGAGUCGAGCUCGGCGUUCUCUGACUUCCUGACAAGCGUGGUGAACUUCUUCAACAUGUUCACCUUCAAGAAUCUGCGGCGGCGCUACCGUAAGCUUAGGAAGAUGACUCUGAAGGAUAUGGUGGUGGGCUUGGCCACGUUCAUCUACACCAUCCUGUUUGGUAUCCUGUCUUUCAUCUACAGUGUGUGUAAGGGCUUCUUCAUGCUGAUCUGGAGCACCCUGUUUGGAGGAGAACUGGUAGAGGGUGCCAAGAAGAUCACGGUGACUGAGCUCUUGGCCAGCAUGCCGGACCCAACGCAAGAUGAGGUGCAUGAUGAACUGCCACCUGAGCCAGGUGCCGAUGAGGGUCAGGAGGGGAUAGACGGAGGAGAGGAAAGAGACGUGGGAGGAGGAGAGGAAGGAGAGGAGGGAGGGGAUGGUGAGGAGAAGGAGGGAGGACGUAUGCCUGGGUUCGACACCCCUGGGGGGCUGGGAGACUUUGGGGAGACCACAACUGUAGAGCCCCCCACUCCAGAGGGAACCCCACUGCUCAAGAGGAAGCUGCUGGCAGCAACAUCCGGAGGAGAGGGUGAAGAAAGAGAAGAGCCAGAACCAGAGGAAGAGACACCCCCAGAGGAGGAGAAGGCUGACAAUGAGAAUGGAGAGAAGGCAGAGAAGGAGGCUGAGCCCGUGGUAAAAGAGGAAGAACAGGAAGUGAAGGAGGAAACAUUGAAGACCAAGGCAAAGAAGGAGAAGAAACCUGCGGAGGAGGGCUAUGAGCUUUGGAAUGAGCUAGAGAUCCAGAGGAUCAAAUUCAUGAACUAUCUGUCUCGUAACUUCUACAACCUGCGCUUCCUGGCUCUCUUCAUCGCCUUUGCCCUCAACUUCAUCCUGCUCUUCUACAAGGUUGGAUAUGAUGUAGAGGAGGAGUCAGAGGACAUUGAAGGCUCCGCCAUGUUCGAGGGCUCCGCCCUAUUCGAGGGCUCCGCCCUGUUCGAGGGCUCCGCCGCGUUCGAGGGUUCCGGGUUGUUCGAGGGUUCCGGAGCUGUGGACGAGGGUGGUUCUGGAAUUGAUCCAUUUGACGAUGGUGGUGAUGAUGAUGGUGGUGAUGAUGAUGAUGAGGAGGAAGGACCAUUUUUUUUCUACUUGGAGGAGAGUACGGGCUACAUGCAGCCCUGUUUGUCCAUGCUGGCCAUCAUACACACUGUCAUCGCUUUCCUCUGUAUCAUCGGAUACAACUGCCUCAAGGUUCCUCUGGUCAUCUUUAAGAGGGAGAAGGAGCUGGCUAGGAAGCUGGAGUUUGACGGUCUCUAUGUCACCGAGCAACCAGAAGACGAUGACAUUAAGGGACAGUGGGACCGACUGGUGCUCAACACCCCGUCAUUCCCUAACAACUACUGGGACAAGUUUGUGAAGACAAAGGUGCUGGCUAAGUACGGCGACAUAUACGGUAGGGAGAGGAUCGCAGAGCUGCUUGGGAUGGACCUGGCCUCUCUGGACGUCAGCGCCAUGACACAAGAGAAGAAACCCGAACCAGAGAGUGGCAUGUUAAGCUGGAUUAUCUCCAUUGACAUCAAAUACCAGAUUUGGAAGUUCGGGGUGGUCUUCACUGACAACACGUUCCUCUAUCUAGUCUGGUACAUGGUCAUGUCUCUGCUGGGACACUUCAACAACUUCUUCUUCGCCUGUCACUUGAUGGACAUCGCCGUUGGUGUGAAAGAUUUGCGCACCAUCCUCUCCUCCGUCACACACAACGGCAAACAGCUUAUGAUGACUGUGGGUCUGCUAGCAGUGGUGGUGUAUCUCUACACCGUCGUGGCUUUCAACUUCUUUAGGAAGUUCUACAACAUGAGCGAGGACGAGGACGAACCGGACAUGAAGUGUGACGACAUGAUGACCUGUUACCUGUUCCACAUGUACGUGGGUGUGCGUGCUGGCGGGGGUAUAGGAGACGAGAUCGAGGACCCGGCGGGCGAUGAGUACGAGCUCUACCGCGUCGUCUUUGAUAUCACCUUCUUCUUCUUCGUAAUCGUCAUCCUGCUGGCUAUCAUCCAAGGUCUGAUCAUUGAUGCGUUUGGCGAGCUGAGAGACCAACAGGAGCAGGUCAGAGAGAACAUGGAGACUCAGUGCUUCAUCUGUGGUAUCGGUAGCGACUACUUUGAUACAACUCCCCAUGGCUUCGAAACGCACACCUUGGAAGAGCAUAACUUAGCCAACUAUAUGUUCUUCCUGAUGUACCUAAUCAAUAAAGAUGAAACGGAGCACACAGGACAGGAGUCGUAUGUGUGGAAGAUGUACCAAGAGAGAUGCUGGGACUUCUUCCCUGCUGGAGACUGUUUCAGGAAGACGUAUGAGGAUCAGCUGGCCUAGUGAUCAGCUGGCCUAGUGGGAUAAAUCCUGUCAGUCUGGGUGGGAGAGAGAGAGAGAGAGAGAGAGAGAGAGAGAGAGAGAGAGAGAGAGAGGGAGUGAGAGGAGGAGAAAGUUAAGAACAUUUAGAAGGUAAUAGGGAAUAGAUGUGUGUUUGAAGGUUGUUCCUGUGUCAAAUUUCUCUGUGAUCGCCUGUCUUGACACGCCUGCAGCAAUAUUCUGAUAGACUGAAUAAGAUGCUAUGAUCAGAGGAGAUGAAGAGUCCCAAGGGCUUUUAACCCUGUAAAUACACUUCAUGGCCUUUUUUUCUGUGUGAAUAUAGAUAUGCUGUCUUGACUGAAUUUAAACACACACACACACACACACACACACACACACACACACACACACACACACACACACACACACACACACACACACACACACACACACACACACACACACACACACACAGCGCUGCCUCUCUGGCAGUGUGUGUUUCUGUAGAGCUGAAUACAGCAUAGUGCCUAACUCUCAUGGUAAACAAACGUGCUUUAAUGUCUUAUUAAGUAGUGCUCUUUUCCUUAAUAUUAUUAUAAUCGCUCUUGUUUGAGAUUGUAUUAAUAUAAAUGCCAUUAAUGUC